GAUUCUCUCGUCAUCUUCUUUCACCUUCUGUCCUUUCCUCCUCCUAUCUCGGACCGAGCUGGCUUACGCACCCUGCCAUGCCCUUGCGCGUUACAUCCGCUCCCGUCUCUGGUGUUAAGAAGAACCGAAAGCCCGCUAACUCGAGGCCACGCGCCUCUCCCUUCGCCGCUCAUGCUCGUCGCAAGGUUUCUGCGCCGUCAUCGUCCGGCGCUUCCAAGCCCUACGACGAGCACGAGUAUGAUCAAGGCCCACUGCCAGACCUCGGGGCGUCGCGCUAUAUCCCCGAAACUGCCCCCGUGAAAGAUGUGGUCCAGGCUCUCCAGUAUAUCCGCAGCAGCAUGUUCGAGGACCUCCCUCGCCGGGCGGGGAUGAACAGCACGCGCAUCGUCGAAGUUCUCAAUUUCCGUCGCUCUCUUCCUCCUCUCGCCUCCGUCGCACAUGUUCAUAUGCUGCUAGAUGCGCCUACCAAGGUAGAGAAGGAGAUCGUGGAGCUGGUGCACACCGGUCGGGUCCGUCGCUUGAUCGUUCCCGGGAGAGGGAACGAUGCUGCUGGGCUAGGCGAUUGCCUGGUCCUGACCGAGGAGUGGGAGCGGCUGGUGCAAGAUAGUUCUGCUUUGGAUGCGCCACUGAAAGGCAAGUUUCUGGAACUGCUUGGUCGGAUCGGAAACACAUGCGCCAUCCCUGGGGCGACCUUCUCUCCGCCGGAGACUAUGGCCUUGGUCCGGGCUGGCUUUCUCGUUUCCUCUUCCUCCUUGGCCAAGGGAUCGUCGAGCCUUGCUUCCCUCCCCGUCUUCCCUGCGACCUCCCCCACCCCAGCUUCCGUUUCCGCGAGCCGAAGUGACACUGACCAUACCAGCGAUGCCAACUCGAGCCCUCGUUCGCAAUCCUAUUCGGCGACACUCUUCCUCUCGCUUCCAAAUACUGGACCCUACCUUCGUCUGCUGGGCGCUGGCCGGUCGCACCUACUCUCGCUCCUGAAAAGGUCGAGUGCAAGUGAGGUCCCUGCCUACCUCUUGCGUGACCGCUGGGACGGGGCAGUCGAGAGCGAAAAGAGUUUCAGCGUAGCGAAGAGAGCACGAGGCGAGUUUGCGGGGAUCUUGCCCGGUCGAACGAAAAGGUGGAAGGAGCUUUAUGGGAUGAACUUCCGCUGGGUUUUGGAGGAGGCGCUCGGGGCUGGGUUGGUUGAAAUCUUUGAUACUGGCAGCGUUGGCCCUGGGGUGCGCUGCCUAUGAUCUGGGUAGAUGCUCAGUCGGCGGACUGCUCUAUACCAGGAUGACCGUGAGGCGGGUAGUGACAACUCCCGCUGUUCAAGCUGCUGCUGCUGCUUCCCCAAAGUUGUCUGUCUCGAACACGAUGCCGAAAGGCCUCGCUAGCCAUCAGAUGGCCUUCCAGGGAUCCCAACUCUGUAUAUAGCCUAGUGCAUACACUCAGAUAGUAUAUAGUUCGUAGUGAGGAGGGCAACUGAUCGAAAGUAAGUUACUAACACUCACUCAGCCGAUUGACCCCAGCCCAUACCAGUGUCACUUCCCCCAGUCCUGCUGGGCUUGAUUCUACUAUGUGAAUGCGGGAUUGCUCGAUUGAUCUUCGAUUGUCUUUUCAUCGGCAAGUCGAAGAAAUGGAAAGAAAAGGAAAGAAAGCUGCUAGCUAGCACACAUGAACCUAGUAGAAUAUUGUUUGGCGCGUCCGAAGAAACGGAGGGAUGUUGACUCAAG